GCCAAGGAGGUGAGAGGGGCUACUGAGCUGGGAGAAGCAGGCUGCAGUCAGAGAGCUUUGACUGAUACAGCAGCAUUUGCAAGGGACCAGUCGUGCUCACAGAUCCAUCCGGCCAGGUGCACGAGAGUUUCAUCCUUGGGACCUGACGGGAUCCGCUUGCCAGGCUCAGCAAUGACGACGUGCAGCAUGGACCUGGACUGUGAGAGAUGCCAGUGCCACAGUGAGGAGAAUCGAAACGCCAUCCUCUAUACCCUCCUGAGCCAGAACCUGAACCACAAAUGGGGCAGCCAUAGCCCAUCCCAGAAGCGCUGCCUGUGCCAGAAGCGUCGCACCGUCUGCCUCCAAACACCUCAGGUCACCUGCCAGGCAGCCUCCGAUGUCCUUGUGAAAACGGUCAGCUUCAUGAAGAACCUGCCCUCCUUCCAGCUGCUGCCCCGGGGAGACCAGCUGCUGCUUCUGGACAGCUGCUGGGCUCCCCUCUUCAUUCUGGGGCUGGUUCAGGAGAUGGUGACAUUCGAGGUGACGGAAACCCCAGCCCCUAGCAUGCUCAAGAGGAUUCUCCUCGAUGGCCAGAGUAAGAGACAGGAGCCUGAGAGGACACAGCCCACCCUAGCCGGGGUGCAGCGGCUGCAGUGCUGCCUGAACACAUUCUGGAGCCUGGACCUGAGCCCUAAGGAGUAUGCUUAUCUGAAAGGAGCCAUUCUCUUUAACCCUGAUGUCCCAGGUCUCAGGGCCUCUUUGUACAUCGAGAGCCUCCAACGGGAAGCACAGAGAGCGCUCCGAGAAGUCCUAGUGCCCCUCCACCCAGAGGACCAGGGCCGCUUUGCCCGCAUCUUGCUGAUUGCUUCCACCUUGCGGUCCAUUCCUCCUGCACUUAUCACAGACCUCUUCUUUCGACCGAUCAUUGGCAAUGCAGACAUUAUUGAGGUGAUCACUGAAAUGCUGUAUGAAAUAACCUGCAGGCAACUGACUCUUUCAUCACACAUAGCCUCCUGAGAGAUCAGAUUCAGCGGCCACUCUCACAGGCACCUCCUGAGCAUUGAGCUGAGUUUCAAGGGACAGUAACGUUAAUCUGGUAAUGGGGAUUUAGUGGGAAAGAUACUGUGGACUUGCAGACACCUGGAUUGUGUUUGUAUUUCAGUUGGGCUCAGGCAACAGCUUGAGCGGUUGAAAAUCUCAACUAAGGCACAAAACAUUUAAGAAUGUAAUUCUUAUUUAGCAUUUGUUUACAGCAGACAUCAGCCCCUGUACAUACUGAACUCAUAAAGCCAAGUCGUUUCUGAA